AGGGACAGGCUCAGGUACGAGUGGAAGCGGAAGUUCGUCGGGAACGGGUGGUGCUGCAAGUGGUGCAGGAGGAAGUACUGGUACUGGGGGGAUCGGAAGUACCCCAGGUGUCGGAAGCAUCGCAGACAUCGGAAGUAUCCCAGGCAUCGGAAGUACCCCAGGCAUCGAAAGUAUCCCAGGCAUUCCAGGCAUCGGAAGUACGCCAGGCAUCGGAAGUAUCCCAAGCAUUCCCGGCACCGGAAGUAUCCCAGGCAUCGGAAGCACCCCAGGCAUCGGAAGUAUCCCAGGCGUCGGAAGUAUCCCAGGAAUCGGAAGUAUCCCAGGCAUCGGAAGUAUCCCAGGCAUUCCAGGCAUUGGAAGUACCCCAGGUAUCGGAAGUAUCCCAGGCAUCGGAAGUAUCCCAGGAAUCGGAAGCAUCCCAGGCAUCGGAAGUACCCCAGGCAUCGGAAGCAUCGGAAGUAUCCCAGGCAUUCCAGGCAUCGGAAGUACCCCAGGCAUCGGAAGUAUCCCAGGCAUCGGAAGUAUCCCAGGAAUCGGAAGUAUCCCAGGCAUUCAAGGCAUCGGAAGUACCCCAGGCAUCGGAAGUACCCCAGGCAUUGGAAGUAUCCCAGGCAUUGGAAGUAUCCCAGGCAUUCCAGGCAUCGGAAGUACCCCAGGCAUCGGAAGUACCCCAGGCAUCGGAAGUAUCCCAGGCAUUCCAGGCAUCGAAAGUACGCCAGGCAUCGGAAGUAUCCCAAGCAUUCCCGGCACCGGAAGUAUCCCAGGCAUCGGAAGCACCCCAGACAUCGGAAGUACCCCAGGCGUCGGAAGUAUCCCAGGAAUCGGAAGUAUCCCAGGCAUCGGAAGUAUCCCAGGCAUUCCAGGCAUCGGAAGUGCCCCAGGCAUCGGAAGUAUCCCAGGCAUUCCAGGCAUCGGAAGUACCCCAGGCAUCGGAAGUAUCCUAGGCAUCGGAAGCAUCCCGGGCAUCGAAAGAAGUGACAAGGACAGUCUUGGUGGAUAGAAGAUCGCUGACAAGGAUCUGUGAUACAGGCUCGCCAGAUGUGCUAGGCAUCGCGUCAAUGCUCCACAUGGAAUGGGCGAAUAAUGCCAAACAACAGAGGGAAGGGUGACUGAGGAACAGGAAUUUCUUGGAAACCAAACGAACGCCUCUGUUUCUUUGUUACCUGUUGUGUGAAUAAUAAAUAAAAUAAAAAAGAAGACC